GUUGCAGGCGAGUUGCAAGGCGAACCAGAUGCACGAGCUGUCCAUGUUCAGUUAGUCGAGUGAGUAAGGAGGUUAGUUCAGUUUGUGAGCUGCUGCAUGUUUGAGUUGUUACUAGCAGAAGAAUAGGUCUUAGAGCAUGCAUGGUGGAGGGCCGAGUCAUGUGUGGAUCGUGGCGUGAUUCUAGGUGGCCACACGAGUUGUUCUCGUCGUGUGUUAGUUGUGGCACUAGUGGCUGCAUACUGUCAGGUGUUUGCACUUGUAUAUAUAGUUUGCAUUGUGUUAAUGAAGAGGCAAGUGGGCAGAGCAACAAUGUAUUCUUUAUGUGAUACCAAGGAGACAAAUGCAUGUGGCAAAGCCAUUGUUUUCCCUCCGUGGUGAGUGUGUGUGUGUGUGUGUGUUUCUGAGUUUCUCCAUUCUGUGUGAGAGACACAUGAGAGGUAGAGAGGUAGAAGAAGAUGGGGCUGCGAGAUGCAGGUCCAACAGUUAGACUGUAGCUAUUUGACAUUCGAGUUUUAUGCAUGGGCUACCACUUUGGCGUUGUAGACAGUCUUGCACACUAGUGAUGCAAAAUAUUAGAAACAAGGUCGACAAUUUGGUUAUUCAGAUUAUUUCUCCUAGUGCCGCAGGGUUGCAAUUACAUAUGUACAUGCACACUCACUUCAACUUUGUAUGGAAAUGUUUUACAUAUAGGCUGCCUUUCCUUACCAGCGCACUGCAGCCUAAAUUGUUAUCGAACCUUGCAACACGUAGAACGAAGGUUCUCCUUUUUUUUGGAGUUUGGAGGUUCAGGGGCGAAUUACUUAAUCCUGUUUAAUACGUGUUGGUGUCUUGUCUUGAAUUAUGCUACUAGGCACCAGGGCAUGUUCCCCCUCUUCAAUCUGUUUAAGUUUCAAUCUAUGAUGCUGAAUUGGUAAUAAGUAGCAUGUCCGCAAAGGUGUCAAGGCUUCUGGAAGUUAAUUCUGCUAGGAUGGCUGAUUGGUCUAAUCUUCAGACUGAUAUUGUUGGUUCAAUUGUAAGGAAGCUUGCCAUCCCUGACUAUAUCAGAUUCCGCGCCGUAUGCACCUCGUGGAACCGUGUCUGCGUCUGCAGGGAUGUAUCCAAUGAUCCAAGGGUAGACCCAUGGCUGAUGCUCCCCACAAAGACGCUUGAGGAUGCUAAAUUUUUCAGUAUACCUGAAAGAAAGAAUGAAACCAUCCGUAUCCUGAGUACUGCCACGAUCUUUGGCUCCUUGUGGACUCCUGUUGGUUCUUCCCAUGGCUGGCUUGUCUUCUUCAACCUGAACCAGGGAACUAUCCAGUUGGUUAAUCCCAUCAGCGGCGGUCAGUUUGAACUACCCCCACUCGGACGCGAGCACUUCUCCAAGGCGGUGUUGCUUGACAUGAGUGAGAGCAACUUCAGUGUUGCUAUCGUCUAUGGCAAUCGAAAAGGAUAUAAGGUGACACGCAAAGGAAGCAGAAGCUGGUCAUUUGUUGAUUCCAAACAUAUCCUAAUUGAUAUUUUCAAGCACAGAAGGCAACUUUACACCAUCGACAUAUAUGGCACUGUCGAGGUGUGGGCAGAGCCACCCCGUUCAUGGCCGGAUGCAGACGGCCCGCUUGUUGAUCCAUAUAUGCAUCCUAGCCUCGCCCAGCGGAAAUUUAACUGUCUGGUGGAGACCCCAGCUGGUGAUCUCAUGAAGGUUAAGCGCCAAUCUCAGAACAAGUUUGCGGUGUGGAUCCUGAGCAGAGAGACAUCUUCAUUCGAGAGCACCGAAGACAUUGGGGAUUUUGCUUUGUUUGUCAGCCACCACAACUCGUUCUGUUUCCCGACCAAGGACCAUCUGAACCUCAAGGCGAACUGCGUCUACUUCAUCGACAACUACAAGAACCUGUGUGCGUUCAACCUCGAGCAUGGGACCAAGGAGCUCAUACAAGGCCUCGAAACUCCGGCGCUCCCACGACAGGACGCAUUCUUAUGGUUCAUACCUUCACUGAAAUGAUGUAAAAGCAGCCGUGUGCCUAUAUCGUAUAGUUGAUCGCUAAAACCUGAAUUUCCCUAAAUAAGUAAUGAACGUAUUCGUGGCACUUUUGUGGCAGAAUCAGCUGCCUGGA